AUGGCCGGAGUCACCGAAAUACAAACAAAUGGGGGCGAGAAACUUUUCAAUUUAUUAAUCCCUGCGACGAUCGGUGUGGCUCUCCGGGCGGCCGCUGCGACGUAUUCAGAUUUCUUCGAGGAACGUGUCGAAUUCACGUCAUCCGUCUAUUCAUUUGAACGGUUGAAAGAUGGAAUCGCCAUGUUGGAUGAUGGAUUGAACCCUUUUGAGGCGAAGAACUCGUACUUUCCGCCUCUAACCCUGCACAUCUUCCGAUUCCUUCUGAAAUCCUUCCCCACUCUCCUCCUCCCCAUAUGGAUUCUUUUGGAUGUCUCAACUGCCUAUAUGACAUCUCAAGCUGCUCAAUUCGUUUGGAAAUCAAUGAAAAAAAGUGAUGAAGAAACGAAAAAUAUCGGGAAAUUAGUGUUCAAUAUCUACGCUUUCAACCCGAUCACCAUCGUUUCCACUGGAAUUUUAUCACUCACUGUUUUCCAGAAUUUCUGUUUUUCCGCCAUCUUUUUGCUCUUUGUUACAGACCGCCCAUCCCUCUGCGCCAUCCUCAUCGGCGCAUGGUCAUCGUUCACCAUCUACCCGUUCACUCUGAUUUUCUGUCUCGUUUUCCGAUCGAAUGGCUCGAAACUCAAAUUUUUGUCACAUGUGACUCUCGGAUUGAUCAGUUGGGCCGCGUUUUUUGGACUCAAUUUCUUGUUGAAUGGCGGCAAUUUGAAUUUUGUGGAGCCCGUGUAUUUGUCGAUUCUGAACUUCUCGAGCAUCCAACCGAACGUGGGUCUCUACUGGUACUUUUUCGUUCAAAUCUUCGAACAUUUCCGCUCGUUUUACACGAAUUCCUUCGUAAUCCUCUACUUCUUCAUGCCAUUCCCAAUUACUUGUAUGAUUCGAAAAGAUCCGAUCCUUCAUUUUACAAUUAUCGGCCUGUUGGCAUCGAUUUUCUUCCCGUAUCCAACGCUGAAUCAGGUCUCAUUCAUCUUUGCGAUUCUACCACUGUUGGAGGUUUAUAGAAAACACUUUCGUUACACCAUCCUUAUCGCUGGAACCAUCGUCACGACUAUCAUGUUGAUGCCUAUCAUGUGGCACAUGUGGAUGGUCAGUUCCAGUGGAAAUGCCAAUUUCUUCUUCGGCGCCACAAUAGUGUACAACGUGGCACUGAUCAACUUGGUGAUGGAUAUGAUAUUCGUUUAUUCUCGACGACAAAUCGAUUUGGAGUAUAGUGAUACGUUGAAGAAGGAUACCAAGAUGGAUUUUGCGUUUUAUUGA